AUGAAUCGCGAUUCGGUGAUCAAAGCGUUGCACGCGACCACAACUCCGGAAGAAGAAAAGAAGGCGGAAAGUUUCCUAAAUGAGGUUGCGUCGGUCGGCACUACUCAAUCGGAGUGUAUGUUGCAGCGAUUGGGCCCACAUGAAGAUGUCGGGAUCGAAAUACCCCGUCGUCACACUACCUCAUCGAAUGAUGGUGCCGAUUGGCGCAACUUGGGAGUACUCACGAACGAUGAUGGAGUCUUGGAGAACGAAUUUAACAAGAUGGAAGACUCUUCAAAACGUGAUCAUGUUGCGUUACUUAUGGAUCGAUGGCGCCGCGCUGCACGUAAAGCGCGUAAAAUCACACAAGACCCAUGGUCGCAUUUUUUCAUUUGCGAUGUUCCUAUUAUGCGUGCUAAACGUUAUCGUUAUUCAUCUAUUAGAAAAACUUGGACUGAAGAUAUAGUUGAAGUACGUCUUAACCCUGAACCAUUUGCUCGUGGUGCUAUGCGUGAAUGCUAUCGUUUAAAAAAACUUCCAACAAAUAGCCAUCUAAGUGAUUGGAAAUAUGCACAUAAUUAUGUGGCCAAGCGAUAUAUUCAAGAAGUGGAUCGAUCCGUUUUAUUCGAAGAUGUCAAACUACAAAUGGACGCCAAACUGUGGGCUGAAGAAUUCAAUCGAUAUAACCCACCCAAAAAGAUCGAUAUAGUGCAGAUGUGCGUUUUGGAAAUGAUUGAUUUGCCUUCAGGACCGUUAUUUCAUCUGGAACAUUUCAUUGAAGGUGACUAUAUCAAGUAUAACUCCAAUUCUGGCUUCGUUUCUGAAGUUGCACGGAAAACACCUCAAGCAUUCUCUCAUUUCACAUUCGAGAGAUCCGGUCACCAAAUGAUUGUUGUUGAUAUUCAAGGUGUUGGAGACCUUUAUACGGACCCACAGAUUCAUACAGUUGUUGGAACGGACUACGGUGAUGGCAAUCUAGGAACACGGGGAAUGGCUUUAUUUUUUCAUUCUCACCUAUGUAACGAUAUUUGUCACUCGCUUUGUUUAACGGAAUUUGACUUAUCGGAUAUGGAACGAUCUGCAUUACUCAAUGGCUCGUCUACAAACUCGUGCAAUCAAUCUACCGUAUUCUCUCGUCAGGCAAGUGCCUGCUCGGCAAUCGUUCCGGAACUGAUUCAGGAAGAUGCAAUGGAAUGUCUUCGACAACGGACGCUUUCAAUGCGCAGUCGCAACUCGUCCGGAUGCGGCUUCAGAUUUGAAACACAUUCUGAUGAUGGUAAAGGUCACGAUGACGACUGUAUUUGUGAGGAAUGCUUGGCUCGGGCCACCGCUGAUGUGUCGUGUGAAGCGUUUAUUGACGUCGUUGUUGACGAUGAAGAUGUUGGUGACGAAGAAACAAAGGCAUGUCCGAUUCGAAAAGUCGGCUUUCAUUCACUCAGUGUGGAACGUUCACGUUCAGAUAGUUUCGGCAGCUCUUUAGGAUCCAGUUCAUUAGGAAGUUCAUCGCGAAUGACCCGUGACACGGAAAAAGAAGAAUUCUGGUCGAUAGCACGAAAGAAAUCCAUACCUGCUGGAAUCCUGUCUGCUAUGGAAUUACAGAAAUUGGCAGCUGAAGCAUUGCGGCUUACACAACACGCCUCGAUUUUAGGCCAAAUUCAUCUCGACCUCGCACGAUAUCACGAGCUAGGACGGUUUUUAGUAGAAGAAGACAACGAUGCCAAACGGAUAGCGCUGGGCGAGACUGAUGUGGACAGGUGUUCAAAGGAACCGACGGUGAAGUAUGACAAGGAGUCUGCUCUUUUCCAUCUUGACAUUGCCAGACGAUGUGGUGUUUUGGAGGCUAUAAUUACUGUUGCUCAAAUGGCUUACAAGUUGCCCCAUGAUCUUCUGAAAGAUAUCGGUGAUGACGAGAAUUUGGACGAAGGACGACGACGAUGGCGAUGGCGAUGA